AUGUUUUUAUUAACACAUAACAUAAAGUUGAGAAUUAGAAAAUACAACAACAGGUUCGUUAUUUUUGAAAGAAUAUAUAGAUACAUAUGUGACGACAUAAAAAAAGAAAUUAUAGAACAUAGUUAUAGUAAAGAAAAAUGUGACAAUUUAAAUUUAUCAGAAGAAUGUAAAAAACACAUAGAUUUUAAACAAAAAUUAUUCUAUGAUUAUGUAUCAAAAGAGAAUAAUAUUUCUACCUUCUUAAAGAAAAAAGAAGAAAAUAAUUUAUCAUCAUAUUUGUGUCUUGUGAAGGAUAAUCAUCGAAGGAAAUUAAAAAUUAAAAUAAAUAAAAUGAAAACAAAAGAAGAGGAAAAAGAAGAUAAAAGGUUAGAUCAAGAAAAAGAAAAAAAAAAAAAAAAGGAAGAAGAUGAAAUUCUUUUCAAUAAUAAAAAUGUUGAGGUUGAAUACAUGGGUGAAUAUAAAAAAUGGAUUAAAAAAAAAAAGAAUAACUAUCUUAAGGAAGAAGAUAAUAUAAUUAAAAAUAAUAAAGAAAAAGAGAUAACUACUAAAAAAUUAAAUAAAAAUGUAAAAGAACAAAACAAUGAAGAAGAUAAUCAAAAUGAAGAUAUUAUUCAAAAUAAUAAGCAAGAUACAAAUAUAAGUGCACACCACAAUAAUAAUUAUAUAAGUGACGAAAAAAAAUAUAAAAAAAGUGAUCUUUGUAAUAUUUCGCAAACGAACAAUAAUAUAAUUUUGGAUAUUGAUAAUGAUCUAAAAAACAUAUAUAUAGAUAAUAGUAAAUAUUUUAAAUUAGAUAUAGAAAGAAAUACAAAGAAAGAAAAAAUAAAAUUAAAUCAAUAUUGUUCAUAUAAUGGAAUAUGUAGUUCUCGUUUUGUUAAUAAUAAUGUUCAAAAUGGGUUAUUCAAAGUGAAUGAUAAAAUAGUAUAUGAAAAUGUUGAAAUUUGUUCAGGUGUAGAUAAAAUUGAAUUAACAAAUAGAGGAAAGGAUUUAUUAAAAAAUAAAAUAACGAUUAUUUUAAAUAAACCCAAACAUUAUUUAUCUAUAUCUAAUGAUAAUAAAUCUUAUAAAAAAUUACUAGUUCGAAAUUUAAUAAGAAAUGAAAAUAAAUAUAUUCAAGAAAAACAUAAAUGUAUGAGUUAUUUUAUAUAUAAAAAUGUGGACAUAGAAAAAGUUCCUAAUUUAUAUGUAUGUGGUCGUUUAGAUGCUAAUUCUAGUGGAUUAUUAAUCUUUACACAAAAUACUUUAUCUAAUAAUUAUUUAUUAUAUAGAUAUAAAUAUAAUAUUGAAAAAGAAUAUGUUAUUAAAACUUAUAAUUCUAUAACUCAAGAAAAUAUGAAAUUAUUAAAAGAACAUUUUUAUGUUGAUGGCAAAUUAAUUUAUAAAUGUCAUAUUCAAUAUGUUGAUAACUUUACAUUGAUUUUUAAAAUAUAUCAAGGUUUUCAUAAAAUUAUAAGAAAAAUCUGUAUGCUCUCAAAUAUUAAAAUUAAAUCUUUACAUAGAAUUAGAAUAGGAAAUAUACACUUGAAUGACCUUCCCAUAGGAAAGUGGAGAUUUCUAAUGCCCAACGAAUAUUUUUUUUAA